UAUAGCUCGUGGCAUCACAUACGCGCUGAAUCUCCGGUGACGCCUACAUCCAUUGGUGCCCACGGAAAGACAAACCUCCAAGGUCUUCAUGGCAACUUCAACCGCCGCGAAAUACCCCAAAAUGGCUUCUCCACCUACUCUGUUUCAACUUCGGCAUGUCGUCCACGAAUCAAUACAGUCCAGAGAAAAUCAACUCUCGUAUGUUCAGGCUAUGGUGAUGUGUAGAUUAAGCUCGACUGCUGAUUGUUUUCCGUCCUCAGUGAGGAGGAAGCAGGCCAUGAGCGAUCACUCAGAGACCUGUUCGUCAUGUUUCAACCUAGACACAACCUCAUAGAUCCGGAACAUCGGCGUCUCCAGACAACAGUCCCAGAGACAGACCAAACUCUAAGCGGCUUCAACGAGUGGAAGAGGAAGUUUGAGCUGGGUCAUGGAUCUAUCAACAGCUUGAAAAUCCCUGAUCUUCCUCCUCCCUCACCUCCGCCGACUACCAAAGUCUUUCCCGACGAGACCCCGGAGAAAGAUUCAACUCCAGCUGCUUCAACGUCUUCCGCACCUGCCGCUAAGGCAGCUGCAUCGAAGCCGGCGCCUAUCUUGCCCCCUCCCCCAUUAUCCACCACUAUUGAAUCUCCUUUGACUACCGCCCCUCUCGACUCCUCGCUGGAUGGUGUCGAGGAAGAGCCCACAGUGGCCCUAUCUGAGGUUCAACCACGGCCAUAUUUCACACGACAGUACUCUCCGCCGGCCGACAUCGAAGUACCGCCUUGGGUUCCUGUCGACAAUUAUCGCCCAGCUCAAACGCCAGUAUCUCCUCCCCCUUCCCUCAUGCCUCUCACCUCUGCCUACCCUUCAGAGCUACCUCCUCUACCUCCUCUACCCCUUGCUUCCAAAAGGCGGAGACUUGCCAACUCUGAUCCCCAACCCGACAUGUUUCAACUAUCAUCGUCGCUCGCUAUCAACCCUGUAUCCAAAGAUCUGUCCCAUUCGACCAAGUGUGUCUUGACAUGCGAUUGGAAAAUCGCAAUGGAAGAGCUGAGACAUAUCCGGGCUAUGGACAAGAUCAAGUCCAAAAAAGCUGAGGGGCGGUGGAGUUUGCGUCAACCAAAGAAAGCCAGAGCUCCUCCCAUAGCCAAAUCCCACUGGGACUACCUUUUGGAGGAGAUGGAGUGGAUGAGAACGGACUUUUCAGAGGAACGCAGAUGGAAAGUGGUCCAGGCAAGGGAGUUUGCGUAUGAGGUUGUUGAAUGGCAUCUGGCGAGCUCAGACGAAAGAAAGACUUUGAUGGUUGGUGGAAGAGGGUGGGGAGAGUCGAACAAGGUGCCUAUACCUGGGCAUUCCGGCAAAAGAAGACUGCAAGAAGUAGCAACACAGGAGGCAGAGGACGACGACGUGGAAAUGUUAGUGGGGCAAGAAGGGGAUCUGGCAGGAGAAGGCGAAGCGAGCAGAGUUCUUGACUCGAUGGAUGAGAUGAAGGAGCAAGAACAGGCUCGACUGGACAAGAAGGAUGAAGAUGCGAAGAUAGCCAAGGCUAGCGAAGUGGAAGGCGAAGCAGAUGCAGACGGCGAGGCCGACGCAGACGGCGAGGAAGAGACGAUAGAAGCCUCCGGGUCUGCUCAGGUCGGUCUGUCAGAAAUCGACGCGGUCAAGACUGAAUCCGACGCCUUUGCCAAGCCGCCGAGACGAUUGUCAAAUCCUCUCGUCAUCAAUGGUAUCACCAUUGACAAGAGGUUUAGCAGCCGGGAUGAUCUUGUGGCUACGCGCAAACCUGUGCUAGACGCUCCUCUGGCAGCUGCAACCAUCAACCUCGAGGCCCUUCCCAAACCUGCUCCCGUAUCUGAUGUAGAUAACAAGGCUCUCCCAACUUCGCCCGAAUCGCCUCCAUCUUUCACCGACCUCUUCCCAGAGCUUACUUCUUAUGAUGGGCCUUCGCCUCCGGAAGGACAAGAACAGGCUCGCCGUCCUGAAGGCGGUAGCAGCCGCAUUGCACACACCUCUCGACUCAUGGACAUCCGCCCAACGUUCGUGUCGACUCUGCAGCCUGCAAAGAACCUCCGGAAUGGGCAUUGGGACGUCCAUGACGGGCCAUACUACGAGCCCCUGCAGAACCCCAACAUUCCCAACAUUCCCGUGAUUACCGCCAGCUCUACACUUUUCCACGGUGUACACAAGCGUUCAUUAAACUCUCUCCAGCCUCACGACAUGGCAAAGCCUCCUGCGCAUCAUCUGCGGCACCAACACCCAUGGUCGACGGAAGAAGACCAGUGUUUGGUUCGGCUUGUAGAGAUGUACCCCUUCAAUUGGGAAUUGAUAGCGGAAAGCUAUAAUUUGGAGAUGGUGAUGGUGCCCGUGGAGAAGAGGGGAGCGUACGAGUGCUGGGAGAGAUGGUACUAUGCCUAUGGAGAGGGAAAGAACAAGCCCCGGCCCGACGCUCUUCCACCACCAGGAAGUGCUGCGCUCAAUACGGGCAACAACACACCUAUUCCCCAAUCAGCUGUCAGUACACCCGGUAUGCCUUCGGCUAUACCCUCAUCGGCCAAACCUCCGCAGUCAGUUACGACCAUUGGGGGGAUUUCUGUACCGUCCCUGCCUACACCCACGGGCGAAGGACUACCUGAUGGAGCGCCUCCUCCUCCGGGUAUGUCGAAGCGAGAGAAGCAGCAGGCGAAGCCAAAGUAUGAAGGCACAAAGAGGUCAAUAAGACAUCAGGCCAUUUAUGAUGCGGUCAAAAGGCUCAAUAGGCGAAGGGAGGCGGCGAAGGUGAAGUCUUGUAUGUCUCUCGAGUCUUUCUCCAUACGAAAAUUGACGAUGUGCAGACAAAGAUAACGCUCAGCGGAAGAUCAUCAAUGUCCACGAAUCACACGUUGCCUUCACUUCCAAUACGUCGUCUACUCCCUGGGAGCUAGUUGAAGCCAAGUAUCAGCGCGAUGUGCAAAUGGCCCAGCAACGCCAACAGCGUGCCAUUCAAGAACAGCAGCGUGCUCUUGCUAUGCGCCAGCAGCAAGCCAUGUUACUCGCACAACAACAGCAGCAGCAAGGUCAAAUGCGUCCACCCAUGCAGCAGCAGGGUCAACAAAUGCCACCAAACAUACCCAACAUGACGCCACGAGUGGGCCCCAACGGGCAGCCGUUGCCAAACUUGACUCCCAACCAACAGCAGUUGCUGAACGGAGCAGUUGGCCCCAAUGGCCAAGCCCUCCCGCCAAUGCCGCCGACGCCUCAACAGCAGCAGCAGAUCCUCAAUGCUGUUGCCCAGAUGAAUAAUGGCAAUGGAUCACCGAGAAUGGGGCCCAACGGACAGCCAAUACAGGGUUUGGCGCCUAGCCAGCAGCAAUUGUUGAACGCAGUGGCUUUGGCUUCUGCGGCUCGCCAUCAGCAGAAACAACGUCAACAGAAUGGAGCGGUAUCGGGGCAGGGAACUCCGCAGAUGGGCAUGCAUCCUCCCCCGAGGCCUCCCCAGCAGGGCUGAGGGCAGUAGUGGUUGGAGAGUGGAAGUCGCGUAUAUGGGCUUUUGUCGGGUUCUCGAGGGUUAGCAUAAUUGUAUUUUUCGUUCGUAGCCAUGUCUUUGUCAUAGCCAUGAUCGGUCCAGAGCAUAGUAUUACCAUGUCACAUAUACCCACCUGCUGCAUGUU